CGCGCCUCACGAUGAUUGGGCGGGGAUUCUCUUGUUUGGUUAUUGAAAAAGCGAAAAAGUUACACAAGCGUCAGGAUUUUGUAACGCACACAUAAGCUACUAUUUAAUUGUUGCCACUCGUGAUUGAGCCACCGUCACUGUCUUCUUAGCUUUACAUCGGACCGAGCAAACUGAGAACUGAAACUAAAAGCUUUGUUUUUUAUUAACAAAGAUAGAAUAAUCGAGCAAUUUUUGAAUUAUACAAGGACUCUACUAACCGAGACGACAAAGUAUUAUAUGUUUGGAUUACUGAAAGUGAAAAUGAAUUGAAUACAAUCAACCGGGAUGUCAUUUUUGAUUAAAUUAACAGAUAAAACGCGUAACUGGUAGGUCUAGACGCACGCGACAGAUUCGGGUAGUGACAAACGAGACAGAAGCGCGCGCUUAAAAUAUGGAGUUGAAUUCAGUGAUUUUGACCACUGGCUCUUCGGUAGGCUUUUUCAAAUUAGUAAACUAUGGAAUCGGCAAACUUCCCAUCCCCGAGACAGCUCAGAGGAACGUUUGGAAAUGGAAAAACAUCUCCACGUCUUUCGUACACAGCCUCCUAACUGGAGUGUGGUCUGUGCUUUGUUUUUGCAUACAUCCCCAGAUGGCUGAGGAUUUGAUAGAAACACACUCCGUUUUCUCUCACGCCUUGGUAUCUGUAUCAAUCGGUUACUUUAUAUAUGACUUCUUUGAUAUGGUUAUCAACCAGAAGAUCAGUCAUUCAUGGGAGCUCCUGUUCCACCAUGUUGUGGUGAUCACCUGUUUCGGGAUCUCGGUGUUGACCUAUAGGUAUGUGGGUUUUGCAGUGGUGGCUCUGUUGGUGGAGAUCAAUUCAAUAUUUCUACACAUGAGGCAAGUGCUCCGCAUGGCCAGCUUGGCCAAAGGUACAUUGUACCGUGUUAACAGCAUGAUAAACCUGGGCACCUACGUAGUGUUUCGUAUCAACACUCUGGCCUGGAUGACCCGCUGGCUGGUGCUGAAUCGUGACCUCAUCCCCUUGGUCAGCUACACCGUCGGCAGCGUGGGUCUGGCCAUCAUGACUGCCAUGAACAUUGUGCUGUUUUACCGUCUGAUGAGAAGUGACUUCAUGAAGUCUAGCCGUGAGAAGGAGGUGAGAAAAGAGAAGGAAAAAGAAAUGUAGGAAAAGAACUCCUCUCACUCCAGUUUCAGCUCCAACCAAAUCCGCUCUCAUCAUCACCAUUCCCACACUUUGCGGAAAACGUCCUUUUCAACAAGCUGACUUCAUUCCUGCAACACCUGAUUGUCAGCUAAACCGAAGUUUUAGUCACUUUUACUUAAUCUCAUGUCGACCUCAAGCUGUGCCAAGAUUUUUAUGAUGGCUGUUGUCACAGGUUUACAGAUGUCUGAAAUGGAUGACAUAUAUUUAUACAUGCAACCUGAUGCUUAAAUACACAUUUAUGAUAUAUCCAAUGACUCAAAACUUAUGUUAUUAUGUAAUAAGUUCAAAUGAACUUGAUCUGCUUAGUUUUAUCUAAUCAUAUGCUUAUGCUGAGAUUUGAGAGUUUGGUUUAUUUAUUAAAAUUAAGCUAAAGAUGUUUUCUAGCCUCAUUAACACUUACAGCUGCUACCUCAUAAACUUGUAGCAGUAUCAUCCUAAUUCUGUAAUUACAGUUUUUAAAUGGACCGUUCACGCAAAUGAAAAAGUUCUUUCUUCUGUGGAACACAACUGGAGACAUUUUGUUCUCGCUGCUCUUUUUCAUACAAAUUAAUGAAAGUGAAUUGCAACUGGGGCUGUCAAGUUCCAACAUCAUCACUGAUGGAAUUCCAUUACAGCUUGUUUUAAGUUUAAAUUCUCUGUACUGACUAGUAAUAAUUAAUGAAGUGACCAUGGACAGGAAGUACUGUAUUCCACAAGGUUUGGGUAUGAUUUUAUUUGCUAAACAUGACUGUAGUUUUACCCUGUGGAUGAAUACCACUAUUCUCAGUUGAUCUGUUACCCUUUAAGUGGAGAAUCCGAAUCUCGAUGCUGGAGUCUUCACAACCAUCGAAACACUCCUGCUCUUUACAUGUCAUUACAACUGAACAAUACAUGUGAGGUUUGAGAUCUAACAGGAUUGUCGUUGCACAAAUCAUGCCUGUAGGUGGCGCUACACACGUACACAACAGUGACCUCAUGUUAGAUUAUGCUAUUACUUCAUCAAAAGAGAAGCGAUGAUUAAAGCAGAACUAAUUUUGAUUUAAAUGUGCUUAAAUUUUUUUUAAAAUAAAGCUUUGUAAUUUGUUUCUUUUUGUUUAAUUUUGAAUAUUUGUAAUUUAUUUGUACUUUGUCAUUGAUUGUAAUGGUUGGAAGCAAACUGCAAAAAAAAGUAACUGUUAAGAACAAAAUGAAUGAUGGAACACUGUCUGUCUGUGAAGAAUUGUGUUGUGAUUUUGUUGGUGAUAAAGAAUGGUCCUGGUCAGAUGUACUAAAGUCAAGGCAUUUAUUUGUUUAGCUGCCUUAUACUCAGUGGCAUUGAGACUGUAGACUGAAUUCUGAUUCUAAUUUGUUUGGGCAGUAGUGGCCUGUCUGUCUGCAUGUAGCAUCACCGACUUGUGCCACAAAACAAUUUUUUAAAAGCACCAAAGUUUAUUCAUAAUCUUUAAUUGCGUUUUAAUCUGGUGUACUUCUGCCUUAUUUUAACUGUUUGAAGGAGGGAUAAAUAAGUAAAAAAAAAUUGUUAAAAAAAAAUGACAUUUUUAAAAGACCUUUUAGCAAGCAAGAAAUAGAAAAAUAAAUGUGCACUGAAAUGGUAAAAUUUUUGAGGUAUUUUGGCAGCUUCAUAUUGAGACUUUGUGCUUGUAUAUAAGGUAUACAUUUUAGUUUUUAAGAGAAAACCAAUGUGACUUAAUUUUUUUAAAGAUCAUUUUAGCAAUGCGGUUGUCCUUCACCUGAGAGUGCAAUUCUGUACUGUGUUUGGUGAAAGAUUAGCAAGUGUUGUAUUGUGGAUCUGAUUUUUCUGAGCAUAGUGUUGCAGUGUUUUCCAAAGCCAUAAUUUAAAAAAAUAAAAUAAAAAUCACAGCUGGAAAAAGAUUUGUGCCCACGACCAGGAGAGCACACUUUAUUUUUUACCCUUGCUGUUUUAGCUAGACUAAUCAUUUUAAGUUUUUAACAAUUGUAUCUAAAAUGUUUAUAGCAUACUUUUAUUUUUGUUUGGAUGAAUUAUUGUUUUGUAAUUAAUAUCAAAGUUAUUUGUAUAUGACCUUUAUAUUGUUAAUCUUGAAAUAAAAUGUUAUUAACACUU